AUUUAAACGCAGCGUCCUGGGACAUUUAUGAGCGCCACCUGCCGUCAGCUACAGUAAGGCGAGCGGUAUUUGGCGAUCGGACUUGGACAAAUGGAUACUUCGAAGGAAAGGCAUUUGACGAGGCAGUCUGACUAUUCACGCCAGAGUCAACGGGCAAUAACGCAGGUUCUAGACAUGCCAAGAGACGGUAUCAGAAUACAAGCUCUGACAUAGUUGCCAAGUUGAGCCACCACAGCAGGAUAAGUGGGGUUAGAUCGACCUCCUGAUAAGUCGGGUCUGCAGCUGUAGCGUCUCGUCUUGUCGCUGCCACCUCGCAACAGCUUCAGCUCCCAACAAAAAUUCCAGGCAGCAUCUCGCAGCGUCUUCACAGCAUUAUAAAGAAGUAGCGAUAUGGCGGAAAAGCGCUCUGCGGACACCACCAGUGACCAGCCCGGCAAAAGGCAUCGCUUCAACGGGUCUUCGAAUUCCUCCAAGCGCCAUGGCCAGGGCGUCGACGAGACCUAUGGCCAGCGUUUCGCUUUUGGUAACCUCGACGCAGCGACUAUCCCUAAUGAUAGAGACCUCGAGUGGGAAGACGAAUCCGACGCACUAGCAUACCUCAAGUUCGUUCGAAACCAAGCAGAAGGCAUUCCGCACGUGCUAGUUGCCAAGAAAUCUGGACCAGAGCUGCCAACAGCUGAGGACGGCACGAUAGACCGGAGCAUCUACGAAGAUGGAAGGGGCGACUUCAGGGGCUACUACCACGAUGGCGCAUACACUGCACUCCCAGCCGGCUACGACGAAGAGGGAGACGAAGAUGACGAAUACCGGGAUCAAGAAGGAGCAGAAGGUGAUGCCGAGACCGAGGACGCUGGCAACGACAAUGAGAUUAAGAGUGAAGAAAGCAGCAUAGGAGGGCCUCGAAACAGCAAUUCUGCAGAAAUCCACGAGGCAUACUACAUCGCCCUCAGUCAACAAUACCACUUGCUACGAACCAAGCUCCGAUCCAAACCACCUAGCAGCGUUGUCUCAGCACUUCCUCCCGACCAUCCCACAGAAGUUGGCGGUUUUGGCGCGUCGCCAAGUCCUUUCAAGCAAUGGUCAUCCCGACUCACGCAUACAGAUCCGUUGCCAGCCCAGAUUGCAUCAAUGCACAAGGACAGUGUGCUGCGUUUGCUCCGCAUCGUCCUGAAUGGAAAGUUCUUUAGGAGAGGGCAGGAAGUGCGUGAGCGCACUAGUCGUUGGAUCUGGGCCCUGCUUGCUCGCUUGCCGGAAAAAGGCGAGCUAGACUACCAAGACAUCGGUGUGGUUCGCGAGCUCGGGAAACGUGCCGUUCUAUUCAUGUUGAGCUUAGCUGAGGCCGACGUCCUGCAAGAACAGUUUGGCGUGGGAAGCAGCGGUGGCAAUGAAGACGUGGGUGAGGUGGAAGUCGAAGAGGCCGAAGAGGCGAGUGCAGAUGGAGAAGACGAGAGCGGAUCACACAAUGCUUCGAAACCUGAAGACGGUCAUGAUACGAAAGACGAUAACACGAAAUCUCAAAAUCAAUCUUCAGGGACCAUGAACACUGAUGAACCAAGAAAGGAGCUAUCGCCAGCGGCUAGCGGCAUUCCAUCUCCACCGUCUGACGUCGAAAUGGAAAUCGACUCAGACGAAGAGGACGGGGAAGUAUCCUCCGAACCCCAAUCCCAAUCACACAACGACACACCAGCUGACAUAGAGACGGCCAAGGCCCGGCUUCUGGCCCAGCUUGAGACUCAAGACGAGGAACGCACGGAAAGUCCCAGCACUACUGGCCAUGCCAGCACCUCAAAUACAGCAUUAGGUGAGAUAACUGUAGUCCAAGAGACCGUAGCUGCAAAGACCGACGUCAAUGUGCGAGCUACCCUCAACAUGAUUCUUACCGUGGCUGGUGAGUUUUACGGACAAAGAGACCUCCUAGAGUUUAGAGACCCCUUUGGGCAUAACAUUGAAGGAUAGCUCGAGCAUCGCGCUAGUAUAUAUUCACACUGUAAUGUCUUAGAUCAGCUUAAAGCAUUCACAAGCAAGCACCUGAAUAAUAGACCAAACCUUGAGGGUGAUGUCAUUGUGCUGCCGCUCUGGCCGCCUAUUAUCCGAGACGGCAACUGGCUUUGUUGCCAGCCAACAUAACGACCUCGGAGAUUCUUCAUAAAUGAUGCCAACGACGUGGUGACGAAGCAGUUAUCGCUACAACAGGGACUCUAAUGUGCACAGGUA